GAUAUUUGUGUUCGGUACCAGCAUCUGGAGCAACCUCCACAACUCAAUUUUUUAUACAGUCCAUCUGGUGAGCGCAGAUUCUUCUUUGACGUGCGCAACACCCCUUAUGGCAAUCGACUUCACAUUUCCCAAGUCACAGACCUUCAUCGCAACGUGAUUGGCAUUCCACUGGAAUCAUUGGUGACCUUUAGAAACCGCCUUACCACUCUUAUUGACGCUUUAAAACUAGAGGACGGGGAGGCAAUGAGGGAGACCUUGGAAAAGUACUCCAAUCGUCCUAGGAGAAUUCGACAUCUCCGUCCAACCUCAUUCACUCAGCAAACAUCCAGCUCUAGCACCCGACAGACUCGAGUUGACCAGGAGAGUAAAGGAGGUCAACAGCACAAUAAGAUGGAGGAUGAAAAAGGUCCCGUGAAGUCUAAACGUCUACCACAUCAAAGCGGCACAACUUCAAAGUCCCAACUGCAGCUUCAUGAGCCCAACGGUGAAGGUGACCACAAGAUCGACGAAGUGCAAGAAAGCACAAAUGAAGAUACAAAGGAGAAUGAGGCGAAGCAGAAGGAAGAGGCACUGAAGGCCAAAAGAAAGAAAAAAGCCAAGAAGCAGUCCAAAGCAGUUGGUGCUAAUCAAGAUACGGAAAAUGUGGCAGCAUAA